AUGGAAAAUUGUCAAAUAGAGGAUAAUUCAAAAAGCAAUUACAAUUAGUUGAAUUACAAUCCUUUUAAUAAUCCUAAUAAUUUCCCUCCUUGUAUAUUCUAAUAAUCAAUUUUUAAUCUUAGAUCCAAAUUAGAUGAACAUGUUUCCAAAUCUUCAAAACUUUAUGAAUAAUAAUAUAGCUUCUCUUGGAAUGCCUCCUACAACAAUUCAAAUGAUUCCCCCAUUCACCAUAUAAAGGCUGCCAUCCCUCUUACAUACUACUAUACUUAAUAAAUCCUAAAAAGAAAAAUAACUUCAAUAAUAAAUUAAUGAUUUAGAAGAAUUAUUAUAAGAUUAAGAAGAGAAAUUUUAAGAACAAAUUAAAGGGUAUAAGAAGUCUUCUUAAUUAUCUUGUCAUUUAAAAUGUAUAAUUCAAGAUUUAGAGGAUGAUAUUUUUGAUUAAAAUAAAUUGAUCUAAACACUAUAAUCUGAUAAUGAAAAUAAAUAGCUUAGAAUUGAUAAAAUAACUAAAGAAAAAUCUUUUUUUGAAUCAUAAAUCAAUGAUUUGUAAGAGGAAGUUGGUUAGUUGAUGAGGCAGAAUUAGUAACUAAUUCGUAAAUCAGUAGCUGCUUCAUCAUUUGAUCAAUAAUUGAUAUAAGAAUAUGAUUAAUAAGUCAAGAAGAGUAAAGAAGAAGUGAAAAAAUUAAAAGAUGAUAAUAAUAAAUAAAAACUAUUAUUUGAAGAUCAAUUAGAGAGUGUUGAAAAAGAAUUAGAUAAAUAAAUUAAGCUAGCUGAUAAGGAACAUCAAUAUUUUAUGGAAGCAAGAGAUGAGAUUACAAAAUUAUAAAAAGUCAUCAAAUAAAAGGAAGAAAAAAUUAAAUAUUAGGAAUUCUAAUAAANUAAAUACUUUUUUAAUUUAUUUAAUUUAGAUUUAUUAUUAGUCUCAUAAAAAGAUUUUGAUUGA